CGCCUGCGCAGUGGCGCUGGCCUGAGGGGGGCUGUUUGGCCAGCUGGGCUUCUGUUUACAGCCGUGGGACGCGGCGUGUGGCUGGGCGGGGGGAAGAAUUGGCGGCUCGGAGGGCCGGCGGAGGCGGCUCGCGCUGGAGGAACAGGCUUGAUUUUUGGGGGAACCGGCGUGGACGAUGGGUGGUGCGGUGAGCGCGGGAGAAGACAACGACGAGUUAAUUGAUAAUCUGAAGGAGGCUCAGUACAUCCGGUCAGAGCUGGUAGAACAGGCCUUCCGGGCGGUCGACCGGGCUGACUACUACCUGGAGGAAUUCAAGGAGAACGCCUAUAAAGAUUUGGCCUGGAAACAUGGCAACAUCCAUCUCUCUGCCCCCUGCAUUUACUCCGAAGUCAUGGAAGCCCUGGACCUACAGCCUGGACUUUCCUUCCUGAACCUAGGAAGCGGCACCGGUUACCUCAGCUCCAUGGUUGGGCUCAUCUUGGGUCCUUUUGGAAUAAAUCAUGGCGUGGAGCUUCAUGCCGACGUUAUAGAAUAUGCAAAGCAGAAACUGGACUUCUUCAUCAGAACAAGUGACAGCUUUGACAAGUUUGAGUUCUGCGAGCCGUCCUUUGUCUCUGGAAACUGUUUGGAAAUCUCCCCGGAAUGCUCUCAAUACGAUCGUGUGUACUGUGGAGCCGGCGUCCAGAAGGAGCACGAAGAUUACAUGAAGAACUUGCUGAAAGUCGGCGGGGUUCUUGUCAUGCCCCUGGAGGAGAAGCUGACGAAGAUUACUCGAACCGGCCCUUCUGCCUGGCAAACCAAGAAAAUCUUGGCUGUCUCCUUUGCUCCUCUGAUCCAACCCAACCAUUUAGAUUCAGGGAAGUCAAGACUGGUUCAUUUGCCCCCAGUGAUGGUUCGCAGCCUACAGGACCUGGCUCGCAUCGCCAUUCGCGGCACCAUUAAAAAGGUGAUCCAUCAAGAAACAGCCAGCAAAAACGGGAACGGCCUCCGGAACCCACCGAGGUUUAAACGGCGGCGCAUCCGGCACCGCCGGAUGGAAACCAUCGUCUUCUUGGACAAAGAGGUGUUUGCGAGCCGGAUCUCCAACCCUUUGGAGGACAACAAUUGUGAGGAAUUGGAGGAAGAUUGCCGGGAAGAGGUGGAGAAACCGAUGCCGGAACUGAAGCCCGAGCCGGCUACAAACAUCUUGAGAGAAAAGAUUCUCAGCCUUCCUCUCCCGGAUCCUUUGAAAUAUUACCUGCUUUAUUAUAGAGAGAAAUAGGAGCCUUGGGAAGCGAUCGAUCCGUCGGGGAGGGAGGCCGGACAAUAAAACACUCAGUAGGGCUGACCAACAGAAGGCCACUUGCUUGCCUUUCCACGCAACCACCCCCGUGGGGGUGAGAGCUAAACUGGGGGAAGACGGCUGCCAGGAAUUUAAAAACGGGAUAGCCUCUUUUAUUUUAUUUUAUUUUUCUCCCCCCAGAUCCUUUCCCUUGAUUUGUGCGCUCCGGUUUUGUCCUAAGCAGAACUUCCUUGGUGGGGAAGAGAAUGCAGCAAGACGAUCCCAUAUUAUCUGACGGAAGGGAAGGGUUCCGUUCCCGUUUAAAAAGAAAAAUACCUGAAAG